AUGCUCUUCACAACUAUACUCCCCCUAACCUUCCUCACCGGCGUUCUCGCCACCCCUCUCCCCAUCACCCAAACCGCAACCUCCACCUGCUCCACCCUCAUCACCAGACUAGACUACUACCAAGGCUACACCUCCCCCACGCAAUGCGGCGUCGACGUCUUUCAAGGAAACAUCACAUCGGGCGUCUGCAUCAAUAUCACUACGCAGGGCCUCAUGCUUUUCCCCUCUGAUUCACACUGUGUCUUUAGUCUUUGGAAGGGCAACGUGGGCUGCAGUGGGGAUCCUACGUCCACUUUUGAUUUGGGUGUUGCGGCUGAGGGCACUCAGAGUGUGGGGACUUGUGUGGGAACGGGGGUGUUGGAUGGUGGGAAAUUUUAUCAUGGGAGUGGGUUUUUGAGUUGUGGGUGUUAA